AUGGCCAUCGAUAAAGAAAGCGACAAGGCCGCUCGCAUUCUACGCAGCUUCUGCAAGGAUGGCUUCUAUGCCGCUGAAUCGGAAGAAUAUACCGACGCAGAUGGCAAAAUCAAUCGCCCCAAGGGAAAGCAGCGGGUUGUCAAGAAAAUCCCUGCGCAGGUGGUGAAAAAUGCAAAGGGCCUGGCCAUCUUUACAACCAUGCGCACUGGUCUCUGGGUGAGUGGUUCUGGCGGUAGUGGGGUAUUGCUGGCUCGGAUCCCUGAAACGGGCGAAUGGAGCCCGCCCUCAGGAAUCAUGCUCCACACGGCCGGUAUUGGAUUCUUGGCUGGCGUUGAUAUCUAUGACUGCGUCGUUGUUAUCAAUACCUAUGAGGCUUUGGAAGGGUUUAAGAAAGUGCGCUGCACUCUCGGUGGAGAAGUCUCCGUCAGCGCCGGCCCGGUUGGUGCCGGAGGUGUCCUCGACUCCGAAGUCCACAAGCGACAGGCUCCGGUCUGGACUUAUAUGAAGAGUAAAGGACUCUACGCCGGUGUCGCCGUUGACGGAACCAUCGUCAUCGAACGAACCGACGAGAACGAGAAAUUCUACGGCGAACGCAUCUCCGUCUCGGAUAUCCUGGCAGGCAAAGCCCGAAACCCACCAGACUCCCUCCGAACCCUCCACCAAACCAUCAAAGCAGCCCAAGGCGACACCGACGUCGAUGAAGAAGUGAUCCCGCCACCCGGCGAAGCUCCCGGCGAUAUCAACCUCCAGGACACGGAAGGCUUCGGCGUCCCCGCCGCAGACGAUCCGGAUCCAUACGGAGUGAAGGCAUUGGAAGCAGAGGGCCUCUUCAUUCGGGAGGCUUCUACAAAAGUAAGAGCAUCACCUGAAAACUUCCAAUUCAAACCGAGCAUAGGCAGUCCUGUCUACGCGACGUUCCGGCGCAGCCUCGACAGCUCGCGAAAUAGCUGGCGGGCCAGCGUCCAGAGCUACACUAGUGUGGACCGUGGCACUCAGACUGAUGAGGCCCCGCUAACUGCCACCACGUCAGUAAGCCGAGCGUCCUCACGCAGCGCGAAAGAAUCCACGGGUAUCCCGGUAAGUAACUGGGAUGAAGAUGCACAAUGGGAUACUGUACCGAUCCACGGAGGGGAGGAGGAAGAGGAGGAAAGGAAGGAAGAGAGGGAGUUAAGCGGAGCCCCGCAUAGAGACACCCACGAAUCCGACGAUGAUGUUGAAGUGCACGAGGUGAGCAAUGUGGCCGUUUCCAGACCGGAAAGCAAAGCGUCUUCCAUUAUGGAAGAAUCGGAUUCCAAGCGCACGUCGCCAACCUUUACCCGCGCCCGUCUGGUCACCAUUCCUAAGCGUCCUACGCCUCCUGCUCUGCCUCCACGUCACCCUCGACACACUUGGGGCUCUGGUUCUAGCCGGGAAUCACCAUCCCCGACAGCUCGCUCGCAUUCCACCGAGCCCACCGAUGUCGAGUAUGAGUCCGUCCACUCCGUCGAGACUGUCCAGAAACCAUCGGCCUUGCCCUCCAACGUGAAGAUGCUUCAAGCCAACACCGUCCUCCCGGCUGUUGUGAAUGAGGACGAUGACGAUCUUCUCGAUGAAUCGGAGUCUGAAUUCCCCGCCGACAGGGAUGAGUUCUUGUCUGCCAACGGCGACGACGACCUGGAGGAAAGCAACACCCCGGUGAAGGAUAUGACUCCGGCGGCUACGGCAGACUCUGACCGUAAGGAAUCAGUCUCUGCCAUAUCUGCCAAGUCAGGCGACACAAUCGAACCCAAGGACGCGGAAUUUGCAGAGAAGCUAGAUGAAUCGCUCUGUCUGGCCGAACUCGAAGACAAAGUCCACGGAGACAAGGCCGAAGGCGAGGCCAUCGUCCCUGCUUCUACUGCCACGACCGCCGACUCAGAGGGGACACCCACAUCCUCCCAUGUCAAGUCCGACAAGCAAGACCUCGCACACAUCUCCGCCGAUGUUGCGUAA